AUGAUGUUUCCAACGCAGGAAGCAGAUGCUCGUGCUGAAACUAAAGUGGCUGAUCAACCUGUAGCACAUUGGCGUUCAAAACUCACCAUCAAUAUUCUGGCUGACAACUUCACUUUCGAUGGAUCUGCACUUCCUGCUGAUGUACAUAGAUAUAUGAAGCUGAUGCAGCAUGGAAAGACUAUGCAGUAUCUUCCUAUUCUGUUUGUCGAUGAGCUAAGCAACCGAGUGAGAGACUUGAGGACUAUAAAUGCUACAUCGAUUACAUUGCCUCUUACAGUUUGUUAUGAUGCAAUAUCUCUUGGAAAGCUAAGGUUUUGGACCCAUAUGCAAGAGGCUGUCUAUUCAUUGCAACGGUUUGGUUUCACAGAAAAAGAUGUUGAUGAAGUUAAAGGGAUCUUUGUGGACACCAACCUCUACUUUUUAGCUUUAACGUUCUUUGUUGCAGCAUUCCACCUCCUGUUUGAUUUCUUGGCUUUUAAGAAUGAUAUUACCUUUUGGAGGCGAAAGAAAAGCAUGGUUGGCAUGUCAACAAAAGCAGUUCUUUGGCGAUGUUUUAGUACCAUUGUUGUAUUUCUUUUCCUUUUGGAUGAACAGACCAGUUUAUUAGUCCUUAUUCCAGCUGGCAUUGGUGCAAUCAUAGAGGUCUGGAAAGUUAAGAAAGCCUUUAAGAUGAUGGUUAAAUGGUAUGGCUUAAGACCAGUAUUUCAGUUUGGAACAUUUGAUGAAUCUGAAAAAAAGACUGAAGAAUAUGAUACUCAGGCAAUGAAGUACUUGUCCUACAUACUUUAUCCACUUUGUUUUGGUGGAGCAGUAUACUCCCUAUUAAAUAUAAAGUACAAAAGUUGGUACUCAUGGUUGAUAAAUAGUUUAGUUAAUGGUGUUUAUGCUUUUGGAUUCCUGUUUAUGCUGCCUCAACUGUUUGUCAAUUAUAAGUUGAAAUCUGUGGCACAUUUACCGUGGAAGGCCUUUAUGUAUAAAGCAUUCAACACCUUUAUUGAUGAUGUCUUUGCUUUCAUCAUCACCAUGCCAACGUCGCACAGACUAGCUUGCUUCAGAGAUGAUGUAGUUUUUCUUGUUUACCUCUACCAGAGAUGGCUUUACCCAGUGGAUAAAACCAGGACUAAUGAAUUUGGUGAAUCAUAUGAUGAAAAGGAGACUGUGAAGAAACUGCAUAAAGAGUGAUAGACUGGGCUUUCUCUGCACCCAGCUGCCAGCAUCUCUUAAACCUCUGCUACCUGCAGCGCAGCCACUUCUUUGUUGAUCUUUUCCUGCUUGUGACUGCAGUAUGGAUAUAUUUCCAGCCGUGCCAAUCUUUCUGGAUUUAUAAUUCUGAGUCAUAACUCACUGGAGUUAAACAGUAUUACUCUUAUAAAGAAGAUAGAGAUUGUAAACUAUAAUAUUGCUGUUUGACAGCACCAUUCAAGUUUGUAACUUAAUAUAACUUGUUUCAUGGGUCCAAGCCUUUGAGGUGUUAAGUGUUCAGAACUGUGCAUAAAGUUGGUCAAGGGCAACUUACAACUUCACUGAAGGACUUAAGUAUUUAAACAUUCUCUUUCACUACCCUUCCUAGCUUGCUUUUAUUCUACAAAUACUUUGCAAACUUUGUUUUAUGAAUGCACGUUAUGGCCUUUACAAUCUGCCUAACUUACAGUGACUCUAUGUCAUUGUUUUUGUGUGACAAUGGUUAUUCCUGGAGUUGCAGUUCUGCAUUCCAUUCAUAGUGUCAGUAAGCUUGUGAUUUGGCCAAAUGAAUCAUUGAAACAAUUUGAAAAUAAUCCAAGUUAGUACAGAAAGGAAUUUGCUUUUCCACUUUCAGUUCAGAUAUUAAACCUGGCCACAAGAUCGGUUUGUACAGGGUACAAAUCUUAUUUUUCCAUUAAAAUAGUUGAGGUAAUAGGACAACUUUAAUUUGUUGAACUGCAUUCUCGAAACAUUAAAAUCAAACCAAUACAACACUUCCCUUACCACAGCAAUAUAGUUUUGAUUCAAUUCAGAAAAAAGUCAUUUUUGACAAACAAAAUUAAAAUGGAUAUGAUAAGGAAAGAAAUGAUAAGGUCUUUUGUAUAAACGUUUAACAAUAUUUUAAUUUGGCUGUUUAGAACUUUGAUUUAUUUUGGCCAAGGGUUGUUCACUUCAGGCUGGUGAAAGUAAGCACUGGCUGUUUUAGUUGAAAAAGAUUCUAUGCUCUGUUGAUUCAAUAAUUGAUAUUGCUGACUAAUUUAUUAAGCAGUGCUUUAUCUAGGUUUUUCUGACUAUUCGUAAAAUUUGCUUUGAUUUACUGAACAGCUGCAAUGAUCUCUUGAUUGAAUGUGCAUUCCUUUCUUUUUUGUGAUUUGGUUAUGAAGUUAUUUUUUUAAAAAUACUCAUCCAAAGUGUUCUGUGCAACUUUUGUAGAUGUGUGGUGGAUGCAACCUUUUCCAAAUUUGUUGGUACUAGUCACCUAAUUUUUUACAGCAAUAGUUGAUCUUUUGUAAAUCCCAAAGCUUAAGUGCUCAAGAGUACGAAGUAUGUUUUAACUUGUCUUUAUUAACAGCACAUAGGCUGUGAAAGUUUUCUCUUAAAUUAGUGAAAUUGCAUCAUUUGCAGUCGUCUCUUGACCAACUAGAGUGACAGAUAUAGACUGCUCGCUAUCCUGGCUGUGUUUUUCUGAUCUAGUUGGCAGAAUUAAAAUGGAGUAAUCCUAGUACCAGCUAAACUGUCACUUUUAAUAAAGAUUGGCUUCAAACAGGUAAUGGCAGAAUGGGUGUACAAUAGUUUACAUAGAAAGCCUCAAAUCCCAGGAUGUGGUGUCAAUAAUGAAUGUGUCUUCUGAAUCAGUCCAAAACCUGGUAUGUUGAAUAUCUUGAUCUGCUGAGAAACUGCCGAUAAUAUGGAAUUGUCAAAGAUAAAAACAAAUUGCACUCCAAGACCUGUGUAAUAAAUAAAUUCUGCAUAUUAUCUGA